AUGUCCAAUCCAGAAGGUAGUCAAUACGGUAGUAGUCCCAAUCAGUCCAAUCUGGUGUCUGGUAUACAUGGUGAAUUAGGCUUAGGAUAUAGUCAUUACAUAGUGUCUGAAUCAUCUCUAGUGUUGGAAUUAGGCUCAAAUGUAUUGUUUAGUGUCAGUUCUAAUGGGUAUCAUGUUUAUAAAACUAGCCCAUAUGAUAAUAUAGAGCUUAAAUCGUGUAUAGAGUUAUGGAAUAAUGAAUUGGUACAUGUUGAAAUGUCUAGUGAUGCUAAUACUCAGAAGAUAAUUAGGUUAAUUGAUGCUAUUGUCAAGGAAGAGGAAGCGUUCGUAUUGGCCUAUUCGGAAUAUAUUAUGGACAAAGAAGGGAUAUUAUGUGUUAGUGUCGAGAAACUUCAGAGUUAUGUAGAUGUUAGUAAGCUUAAUCGAUGGCUGUUAAAUGAUAUAGUGACUUUAUAUGGUUCAACGUUUGAUAAUUGGUUGCGUGCUGUUAGGAGAUAUAAAUUAUUGUACUUUGAGAAUAU